CAGCAGUCGAGGGAGCAGGACCGCGCGCGCCGACACUCCCGUCACUUUCACGUAACCAAUCACAACAAUGGCACCAACUCCGAACUUCUUAUUCUCCACGGCAACAACUUUCCCGAGGCCAUUAUCUAGUCGUCAGAAGGAAUAAGAGACAGGAAGGAAGGAAGAAGGAAGGAAGGAAGUUGCUGCCCUCGAUCCGUUCUCCUCCGACACCUCAUCCUUUCCUCCUCCUCCUCCUCCUACUCCUACUCUUCAUCGUCUUCAUUCUCUCCUCCUUCCCUCUUCCUCUUUUUCCUCUCACCCUCUCCUUCCUUUCUUCCCUUCCACAUUCCUUCCCUUUAAUCCCUCUUCCUCUCCUCCUCCUCCUCCUCCUCCUCUUCCUCCUCCUCCUCCUUUCCUUCUUCAUUCUAUCCAUCCUUUCCCACUCACCCCUAUCCUCUUCCUCCUCCUCGACCUCUCCUUUCUUUUCCAUCUGUUAUUCCAUUCAACCCACUUCCCCCUCCACCUCCUCCUCCACCUCAACAUGGCGUGGCUAAGGGGACUCCUCCACCACCUCCUCCUCCUUCUGGUGGCCUCACUCACAGCGGCUCAGCUACCCCAGGAACCAGGUCAGGUGGCGCAGGUGGUGGUGGUGGAGGGCGGCCGCGCGCGCCUGCCCUGCGACGUGACCGCGCCCCACCCCGGUGACACCCCGAUCCUGGUGCUCCUCUACAACGGCGUGACGGGGAUGCCAAUAUACAGCAUCGACGCGCGCAAGGGACCAGCCGAAAAAAACGCCCACUGGUCAGGCCUUGGGGAGCGGGCCGAGUUUGACCUGACCUCUCGCCCCCCUGGCCUGGUGCUCAGCGGGGUUCGGGCGGGGGACGCGGGGCUGUACAGGUGCCGCGUCGAUUUCGCCUCCUCCCCCACCAGGAACCUCGCCGUCAGCCUCAAUGUUGUGGUUCCCCCGGAGAGCGUGACAAUCGAGGGCCGCGAGGGACUGGAGGUGUCGGGGGUGAUCGGGCCCUACCACCUGGGGGAGAGCCUGAGCCUCACCUGUCACGCCAACAAAGGUCAACCUCCGCCGCGGGUGACCUGGUGGCACUCGGGGUCACUCCUGGACGACGUGGUGGACGAGGUCAAAGGUCAGGUCACCAGCAACACCCUGACUCUGCCUGACCUGACCCGCCAGCACCUGCACCGCGUUCUGACGUGCCGCGCUUCCUCGUCCAACCUGACCCAGCCCUCCCUCGCCUCCGUCACCCUGGACAUGACCUUCCCGCCGCUAGAGGUCAAGAUCCUGGGUAACCUGACGGGGCUUCCUGAGGGCGGCCUCCACACCCUUCUCUGCGAGGCCACGGGGUCACGGCCGCCCGCUGACCUCACCUGGUGGCUGGACGGAGACUUCGUGGAGUCCAGCACCACACAGGUGCUACAGGAGGGCAACAUGAGCAGGUCAACCUUCACCUUCUCCCCGGGCAGAGCGCAAGACGGGGCUCGCAUCACCUGUCGCGCCGAGAACCCAGUGCUGAAGGCGGCGCAGGCGAUGGAGGACACGAGGAGCCUGGGUGUACUGUUCUCGCCUCGCUUGGCUCUGCGUGUGGGUCGUCGGCUGCAGCUGGACAACAUCAAGGCAGGCGAGGAUGUGUACUUCGAGUGUGUUAUCCAAGCCAACCCGAGGCCACACCGCGUCAGCUGGUUCUUAGACGGCGAGGAGCUGCAUCACAACGUUGCUCUGGGCGUGAUCCAGAGCAACCAGAGCCUCGUGCUGCAGGGCGUGACGCGCGCCUCGACGGGCGACUACACCUGCACCGCCACCAACACGCAGGGCAGCGACGCUUCCAAGCCGCUCCACCUGGCCGUCAAGUUCGCGCCGGUGUGCUCGGCGGGCCAGAAGUGGGUGUACGGCGCCACGCUCAGCCAGGCCGUUAACGUGUCCUGCCGCGUGGAGGCCUUCCCGCCGCCCGCCUCCUUCCGCUGGGUGUUCAACACGUCCACGGAGUACCUGGAGCUGAGCCAGGACGUGAUCACCUCCCGCGGCGGCGAGAGCGUGGCCGCCUACACGCCGCAAACACAUCAUGACUUCGGCUCGCUGCUCUGCUGGGCCUCCAACCAGGUGGCACUGCAGGCACACCCGUGUGUCUUCCACGUCGUGCCCGCGAACGUGCCUGAGCCGGUGGACAACUGCAGCGCGUGGGAGGGCGUGGGCGCGGCGGGGCGCGUGGUGGUGGCGUGCCAGCCGGGGUGGGGCGGCGGCUUGGAGCAGACCUUCACGCUGGAGGUGCGGGAGGCGCCGGCGCCCGGGCAGCGGCAGGAACAGGACGGCGAGGAGGAGGACGCGAUCGGCGGGCGGCUGCUGGCGGCGCUGCAGGACCAGGCGGAGCCGCACUUCACGGUGACGGGGCUGCGGCCGGGGCGGGAGUACCGGCUGGCCGUGGUGGCGGCCAACGCCCAGGGCGCCGCGCAGCCCACCGUGCUGGUGCACCUCACGCCCAUCGACGUGGCCGAGAAACGGACCAGCCCCGUGGUGGCCGAGGCGUGGCCGCCCGACCACCUGGCCGUGCUGACGCCUGUGCUGGGCGCCGUGGCGGGGGCCCUGGCCUCCCUGCUGGCCUGCUCCCUGCUGCUGCUGCUUCUGGCACGAUCACGUGCCAACACACGCACGCACGCACACACCACCAGCCUCCUUUACAUGGAUCCGGCCCAGGGCGGCGGCCAGACGCAAACAGAGCAGCAGCAGCAACAUCAACAACAACAACAACAACAACAACAACCAGAAGUGAAGAGACAAGGGCGGCGGUCGCGGCCCGACGUGACCCUCGUGCGGGGGCCAGGAGGAGAUGAAGAGAGGGCGAGGGAGGCGACGAGGACGAAGGAAGAGGAGGAGGAGGACGAAAAAGGAGGAGGAGAAGGAGGAGGAGGAGGAGGAGGAGAGAGGAAACACAUGCAAUAUUCCCUCCUUGCCACCGGUUCGCUCAAGACCCAGACUCAGACGCAGCAUCCACAGGGGACGACAGACUUCCCGCCCCAACAGGAACCAGCACGCCCCCCAGGGAAGGACGCCCCCCUUAGCCCCCAAGCCUCCCCCAGCCACGCCCCCAGCACCUUACCCAAGGCCAAGAGGGAGACAGGGGGAGGAGGGUGGAGGAGUCUUUAUCUGCCCUCCUCCUCCUCCUUCUCCUCCACUUCUGUCUCCUCCUCCUCCUCCUCCUCCCGCCGGGUUCUCUUCCCCUGGACGCGCCGCAGGGAAGAGGAGAGCUGCGUUUAGGGGGAUGCAGGGACGUACACACAUACACACACACACAUACAUACACAUACAUAUUCAUACAUACAUACAUACACAUACAUAUACAUACCAUGGACAUUGAUUACAAGCCUCACUUAACCUUGUAGGAAUAAAUUAGUAAGAGAAAUACAGUAGGAAUUCAUAAACAUACAUAGACAGACAGACAGACAGAUAGAUAGAUAGAUAGAUAGAUAGAUAGAUAGGAUAAAUGAAGAUAGAUAAAAUAUGACCAUAGUUAUUUCGCACUCCCAGACAGAUAGAUAAUUAGAUAGAUUGAAAGAUAGAUACAGAUAGAUAAAGAUAAACAUAAAUAUAAAUAAACACUACAACUACACACACACACACACACACACACACACACACACACACACACACACACACACACUCCAGUAUCGGUGUAUUUAUUAAUGGGAAAGUUUAAUAUGUAUGUGUGGUUGUAUUUUGCUACCAAUCAUGUAAUUAUUCAAUGUAUGUAUGUGUGUAUGUAUGUAUGUGUAUAUUUCCCGGGUAAGACUCUCUCUCUCUCUCUCUCUCUCUCUCUCUCUCUCUCUCUCUCUCUCUCUCUCCCCCCUCAUUAAAACUCCUCAGCCAGAAACUUCCUCUUCUAUAAAUUUAACGUGAAGAAUUACAAUAAAUAAAUAUAUAUAUACAUGUAAAGCCUUAUUUUAGGGGUGGGCGCGAAGGUCCCCCUCCACUCGGAUGUACUAUUACUAUUACUAUUACGUUUUGAAAUCAUCGUUGUAUUGCAAAAGAGAAAAAAAAGGUCAUAAAUAGAUGCAAAAAGUCUUAAGUGGAAUGAAAGAGUGUAAAGUUGAGACCCACGCGGGAAAGACUGCGAAGACCCAACUUUCCCUUUGAGCGAGAGAGAGAAACUGCCCGCUUUGAUUUUCAUCCUCCUUUUUUUUGUCUCAGGAAGCAGGAGGAGGAGCAGGAGGAGGAGGAGUAGAGGUCAGUGUUUAUACCUGCUUAUGUAGCGUGUAGAAGGUGAGGGAAGGUGAGUCAGUGGUGAUCGGUGUUAGGAAGAUGAAGGUGAUGGUGAAGGUGAUGGUGAUGGUGAAGGUGAUGGUGAAGGUGAAAGUGAAAGUGAAAGUGAAGGUGAUGGUGAAGGUGUAUACAUCAGGGUGGCUGAGGGAGUGUGAGGACCGUGACAGUGUACAUAACGAGAUGGUGAUGAUGAUGAUGAUGAUGAUGAUGAUGAUGGUGAUGGUGAUGAUGAUGAUGGUGAAACGGCUACAAAUAAAGGACAAAAUACCUUCGUAAAUGUGUGUUUUUAUUUGCUUUACCUUGAUUUCUUUUUUAUAUUUUUUAUUCCUUUCCGCUUUUCCUUAAUAUCUUUUCUCUCUCUUUCCUUUCUCUUAUCCUUCUUUUCCUUCACUGCUUCCUUUCUUAUCAUACCUUCUCUUCCCUCCCUCUUUUCUUUCUUUUCUUUCUUCCCUUCUUCUAAUUUUCUUCCCGUUUUCUUUAU